GAUCCAGUACGGCCACGGUUAGUACACAACGAUCUCGCCUUUAGUGAUCAUUUUUAUUUAAUAUUGUUCGAUGGACGUGGGUCUAUUUUAAGUGAACAGUGCUGUGUAAUUACUGUACAAUGAAAUUAUUCCUAUCAAUAUUUGGUUUCUCUCUCUUGUGGAGUAAAACAUUUUCAGCUUCCUGCAGAACACCAUUGGGCAUAAUAAGCGAGUGUGUGUCUCUAUAUGACUGUCCACAACUUGUAGGACUAUUGAAACAAUCACCAAUAUCGGCUGAUGCUGUCCACUUCUUGAGACAGUCGGGCUGUGGCUUCGAAGGAAAUACUCCAAAAGUAUGCUGCGGACCUCUUCCUUCAGCCACACCUCAAAGUACGGUAAGACCAAGGCCCAAUAAUAAUCCAGAUUUAUCAGGAAAUACAGAAUCUUCUGUGGUUGAAGAUUCGGAACCAUCACCUCGAGGGGAAUGUGGAUUAGACAAUAAUGAAGACAGAAUAUUCGGAGGUGAAGCGACUGACAUAGAUGAAUUCCCAUGGAUGGCUCUACUUGGAUAUCGCACGAAAAUGAAUUCAAUAACCUAUCAAUGUGGAGGGGUUCUAAUAAACCAUCGAUAUAUUCUGACAGCAGCUCAUUGUACUGUAGGAGAAAUUGAGAAGGUUGUUGGAAAACUAGUGUCGGCUCGUCUAGGCGAAUAUGAUACAAGAACUGAAAUAGACUGCUUAGGCCAGGACUGUGCUGAUGCUGCAGUGGAAGUUCCCGUCCAAGCAGCCUAUCCACACUCUGGCUUUUCGGAUAAGAACGUGAACAGAAAAGAUGACAUAGCUCUCGUGAGAUUGGCCAAGAGAGUAAGAUAUACAAGCUUCAUCAAGCCGAUUUGCUUAGCCGAGCGCCGCCUGAGGUUAACAACUGGAAGUAGCGUGUAUGUUGCUGGCUGGGGGAAAACCCUAGAAGGCAAAAACAGUCCAAGAAAGCUGAAACUAUCACUGCCAAUAUUCGAUAAAUCGGAGUGUGUAGCAAAAUAUUCGACUCUUAAAGCAGAAUUGACUGAGGGACAAAUAUGUGCUGGAGGAGAGUUUGCUAAGGACGCGUGUAGAGGUGAUUCUGGAGGUCCUCUCAUGAAGAAAGCAUCGUCUGAUGAUUGGGAGUGUGUUGCGGUCGUAUCUUUUGGAUUUGGCUGCGGAAGUGACGGUUGGCCAGGAGUCUAUACGUCAGUGGCUGCUUAUAAUGAUUGGAUCAGACAAACUAUGCGAUCAUCAAACCUUUAAAUCAUUAGUAAAAAAUUACGCGUUACUGCCAAUAGAAUUUUAAAUAAACGAUGCCUUUUAAUUGAUGAAAAAACGAAAGUAUAAAUAGUAAAGAUUGCGUAAAUGAACAAUAAGCUAACUUCCUUAAGAUUAUGCAACUAGCUGAGAUGUUUUCUGAUAUAUGUGAUCAAUUCUUAGAACGUGUUCAUACGAUUUUUUAAAUGGAAUGUAAAUACUCAAAAUAAAUGACAAUGCCAAUAAUAAAUGUUUUAAUAAAUUUAA